AUUUGUUUUUAAAACCCUAUUGAAAGAAGGCCGAAGCCAAAACCCUGAAGAAGAGAGAAUCCAUUCCCUUGUAACCACCAUGGUUUUCGCUUCAUGCAUUCGCAGGUCAGCUUCUCGUUUAGCUUCCGUGUGUGGUCGUGUCGCUCGGUCCCAGGCCAUCUCUGCCGCCGUCGUCGUUAACCGCUCGUCCCUUGCUCACAACCCAUCUUCUCUGCUUCGUCCUUUCGGAUCUCGUAGCCUUCUUUAUUCGACGGAUACUAAUGACCGGUUAAAGUCCGAUCAGACGCUUAUCCAAGUGAUUGACUCCGAGAUCAAAGACGCUUUCGAUGCUGAUGUGCAGGGUGAAGACGAGACACCAGGUUCUGGUGACUUUCCUUUUAAGAUUGAAGAUAAUCCUGGUCACAGAACUGUAACGUUGACUAGAGAGUACAAUGGAGAGCAGAUUAGAGUAGAAGUAAGUAUGCCUGGUUCCAUGGAUGAACAUGAAGAUGGUAUGGAUGACAAUGAAGAUGGUGAUGAGAAAGUUAACGAGACAAGCAUUCCACUUGUUGUCACUGUGACUAAGAAGAGUGGUCUCAGCCUUGAGUUUAGCUGCACUGCUUUCCCUGAUGCGAUUGUCAUUGAUGGUUUGUCUGUGAACCAUUCGGAUAAGUCUUCUGAAGAAGAAGAACAAUUGACAUAUGAUGGACCUGAUUUUCAAGAGUUGGAUGAGAACAUGCGCAAGUCGUUCCACAAGUUUCUCGAGGCCAGAGGAAUCAAACCAAGCGUGACGGAUUUCAUGCAUGAGUACAUGAUGAAGAAAGAUAGCAGAGAGUACUUGCUAUGGUUGAAGAAUCUCAAAAACUUCAUCCAAGAAUGAAUCAAGAUUGAAGACACCAAGAAGAGUAGUUUUUAUGGUUGCAGUUGUGUACUAGUGACAUCUAAGUUCUCAGUCUUUUGAAAGUGAAAUUCGAAUUUGAGCA